UAGAAGUUCUAGAUCUGAUAGUAAGACGAAGCCAUAAACCCGAGUGCUUUACUCUGCCUGUCCAGCAUGGAAGAAGAGAAGAGAUACCCAGCAAACGUUCGCCUUAUCGGAGUGAUGCACAAGGAGACAAGCAAACUGUACGUGACCUCCGUUCUUUGGUCAGAUCAAAAUGAGAUCAUCAUCUACAGAAACUUGGAGGAUUUCAAGACACUGCAUAAACAGCUGCAGAAGAAGUUUCCCUCAAGCCGCCUAAGAAAGUCAGAAAGAGUUGUUCCCAAGUUUAAAGCAGACAAAUUGCGGGGCGCUCAGAGGAAGAGAGUGGACCGCUCAGUGCUGAGGCUGCGGGCUCUUGAGGAGUACUGCAGCGCUCUGCUCACCGAGCCGCGCACCGCUCAGAGCCCCGAGCUCAGCAGCUUUCUGCUGCCCCGACCAGACGACCUCAAACCCGAAUUCGCACAGAACAGCAUUAUGAUCAUGCCAUCUGAGGAGUCCCUGGGCAGAAGUGGUGGCAGAGGAUCAGAUGCUGGAGUAACACAGCCAUUUGUGACCGAGACAUAUUGUUGCAUCGCUGCCUAUGAGACAAAAGACACAAAGAACCGACCCUUCAAGGUGAAGGCAGAUGAGACUCUGGAUGUGCUCAUCAAGGACAAAGCAGGAUGGUGGUUGGUGGAGAACGAGGCAAAGUGUCUCGCCUGGUUUCCUGCUCCAUACCUGGAAAAAGCAGAGAUGGAUGAUGAUGAGGAUCUGGCAGAUGGUGAAUGUGUUUUGUAUGUUGCUGCCAGAAGUUACAAAUCCACGAACAGGGACGAGCUAUCUGUGGAGAUCGGCUCUGUGGUUGAGGUGCUUCAGAGAACUGAUAAUGGAUGGUGGCUUGUCAGAUAUAACACCAAGACAGGCUACGUCCCUUCUAUGUACCUGCAGCCAUACAAUAACCCGCAAGCGCGUAUGGUUAUUGCUCAAAGGGAGAAUUGUGGUUCUAUGCUGAACCUGGCUGAGCUGCAGAACCAAGCCCAUGAGCUUAGUCGUUCCCAGGGCAACCUCCUGCAGCUCCCAGGCAAUGGCCUGUGUCUCGUGGGUAGGGCCAAAUCCCGCUCCAUGGAUGUGAUCCCACACCCCCAGACCAGUCCCGUGGCCAAGCGAGUUGCACCCACCAUCCAGGUGCAGCCUGCAGAGGAGGGAAGAGACAGAAGCCUUAGCAGGGGCAGUGAGGGCAGUGAGACAGGCUUCAGCGAUGACAGCUCCUCAGGCAACGAGUCCCUCAGCACCAGCCACUCAGAUAUCCAGCAGAGCCGCACCCCCACACCCAUAGUAACCGACCGCUUGAGACCGAGCAGGGCCAACGAAGGCAGGCUAACUGCCAGCACCUCCGACCCCAACAUGUUCAAACUGCCUAGCACCCCCAAAGUACCCCCCAGGCCUCAGGCACAGGAGAUCCUCAAACGCUGCACUACCAUCACCCGCAAAAACGCCUCCAAGAACCAACAGUCACCUCAGCUUGAAGUCUACAGUCGCUGAACAGAACUUUGGGACUUUUUCAGAAUGUUAAGCCAGAUGUGGGCAGGCUGUUGGCCAGGAUGCAGACGGGUGUUACAGGUUCAGAUCAGCAUGCAAUGAAAGAGAACCAGCUGUUACUGUCAUCAUGGUAUUUAUGUUUAGUUUAUUGAAAAUGGCAGAGACUGGUUAUUUUCUGAAUUUGUUAUGUAUUUUGAUUUGCUUCUUGCUCCCUAAAGCUAAAUCAUUUACAGGCCAUUGUCAUGAGUAAAUCAUAUCAGGCCAGAAGUCAAAGAUGUUUCACUAUGAUGUCACUAUGUUGAUUGCACAGAAAAGCCACUGAUGCACUACAGCUGCAUGUUCAUUAUGUAAUGUCUACUUUUUGGAUGGAAUACAUUGUAAAUAGGGGGCAUAAUGAUAUUUGUCAUGUCUGCUGAUGUCGAUAAUUGUUUAAAAAAAGUUUAAAAUACUGGUCAAAUAUUUGAAGACGUAUUUAUUGUACUCGGAACAUUUAGGUGAUGCCGAGCUACUGCACUUUACAUUUUGUUCAUUUUACUGCACUUGUAACCCUCGAGGAAUAAAUACAUUUUUCCAAAAUCCUAAUCUCUACAUCUAUAAAAUGUAAAAUCAAAAUAAAUGUAUGAGCAUCUGCAAAUACAUAUGUGAAAAAUAUGGGAUAUCUGCAUCGGCCCUUAUUGCUCAUUGUAAGUAGUGGCAUGUUGCAUCAUAGCUUGUCUUUCCUGUUAUGUGAUUUUUACCUUGUUCAGCUGCACUGAUCUUACUUUUCCAUACUGGAAAUGCAAUGCUGUGCCUUAUAUGCAUUGUUUACUGCACUUAUCAACUGAUCACCUCAGCAUUAAUAUUGUAAAGAACUAUGCGUCUGUCAGAUGUAACAUGAAAACAAUCAAUUAUAACUUGAUCUUACAUGUUACAGCGGAUGUUUGUACAAUCACAAAUCGCA